AUGCCAAUUAGACCCUCAGGACACAAAAGAUUUCUCCAAGAGGAUGUUAAAUCCAAUUCCUCAUCAAGAUCGGCCUCAAGGGUAAGAACACCUAAAGUAGACGGUGAAGAAAAUGGGUCAUUAGAUGUGAAUUUUCAAAGCAUAGAAGAAUUAUUGACUAUGAAAUUAGAGUCUUUACAAAGUCUUUUAGAGAAGCAAGGUCUGCAGGAAGAAAGUACUUUAACUGGUAAUAGUGAUGCUCAGGAUCACAAACAGAAAUCUAUUAGUCAUUUGAACCAAGCCAGAAUUCAAUCGGGACUGACGACUAUUAAUGACAUUAUUCAUUCAUUAUCGAUGUCCAGAACUGAGGUAUCUUCACAAUCAAGAGAAAUGCUUUUGGCGCAAUUGUACAAACUCAUUGUUUCGAAACCUUUGGUUGUCUAUAACGAAGAACAUGCAGGCACUAGCAGCUAUGUUUCGGACGACAAGGUAUUGGAGUUGAUUAAGGUAUUGACUAGUGGUGACUAUAGGUCUCCAAGCGAAUUCUUGUUGCUAUUUAGAUCUUGUAUUGCAUUAUUGGCCAGUGAUAUCGAAGAAUUCGGGGAUUUAAUAUCCCCAGAGUUCUUAAAUCUUAUACAAAAGUUAAUCCAAGAUCCUACGACACAGAAUGUAAAUAGUGAAAACAAGGCUAGUGUUAUUACUGGGUCUACAGCUUUAUUGAUGAUUUUGCAUAAUGGAUCUUCAAGUUAUGGUAUUGAUGAUAGAGUGACUUCCUUGAUAGAAUUGAGUGAAGGCUAUAGUGCUAGCUCGAAUACAUUGACUGCGCAGCUCAAAUCUGGAGAAAGAGAACAUUCGACAUUUUUUGCUGAAGAAGUUGACAAGAAAAUUGUUAAUGAUUCUGUAAGUCAAGCAAACUCAGAAGCUGCAGUUGCAAUCGCUGCGUUGCACGCUGCUGGGUGUCUUUUAACGUUGUUUGAAAGAGGUGACUACUUAAACGAUUACGUCGCAGAUACUAUGCCAAAGUUGGUUGCGUUAGUUGAUAAUGAUAACAUUGAAAUCGCAAAGGCGGCAGGAAGAGUAAUAGCAUUAUGUUACGAAAUAUUUACUUACGACAACAGUGGCGACGCAGAUGAUGAAUCUGAAUAUAAUGAUAAUUCGCCUUACUAUGAACAGGAAGAGCUUACUGCCAUUAUUGAGAGGUUAGCCAAUUUUUCUACCCAUAAGAUCACCAAGAAGAGCAAAAAGGAAACCCAUUCAAUUUUCAGAGAUAUUUUAAAUACCAUAACAAAUUACACCACAUACGACAAAAGAAUUGAAAUUUUAAAGAAAUCACCGGAAGGUGUAGAAAUAAUCAAUUCUUUGAUGGACUCGAAUUAUAUCAAAUUAUCAAAAUCAAGAUCUCUUUCUAUUAAUAGCUGGUUCCUCUACUUACGGUUGAUUCAUUUAAAGUGGUGUUUCAGUUUUGGAGUCCAUAAUCAACUUGUAAGCAAUGACAGCAUUAGAGAUAUUUUAAAAGAACCACCAACUGAUUAUCAAUUAAAAUAUGGUGGAAAUGAUACCUUUGCCGAUGAAGAUUACGACGAUAGCUUUAAUACUUCUGGAUUGAGUGAUAAAUUUGCAAAUGAUGAUAAGAAGAGAACCGAGCAAAUCAGAAAAGCUAGAGUGAACAAACUAGCAGAAACAAUUAACGAUUUGGAAAUUAAAUGA